AUGUCCCCCCCACACAUCCAAUAUCCUGUCAAUACAAACAUAACCAAUAAUGCAAAUCUAAAUAACAUGAACUUACAAAACCAUUCUUCUACAAACACUUCUACAAAUACGUUUUUAAAAUUGCCUCUUUCCAACACUCCUAUCAAUACUCCCUUUCAAUACUCAAAGGAUCCUUUUUUGAAACUACCAAGAGUAGAUUCAAAUACCAACAACCUCAUCACCACAACUCAAUACUCGCAAUUACCCCCCUAUUCACAAAAUAACCCUCUAUAUCAACAAUACACCCCACAGGUAGUACCUCAAUUGUCACAGUAUCAAACUACAACGAGUACUCCCCCUGCUAUUCAACUUCAUCAGCAUACUCCAACCAUCAUACCUUCUAUAGAUGUAUCUGUAAGAACUACGACUCCGAUAUCUUCACUCAUAUCCACACCCACAUCAAGUACCACCCCCACAGCAGCUACUACUACUACGCCUGCUGUUGUUGCUACGCCUACAAUUGCAUCAACAAAUUUGAUUGGCAAGUCUGGUAAAGUAUUAAGAAAUACGAAAAGAGCUGCUCAGAAUAGAAACGCUCAAAAGGCAUUUCGAUUAAGAAGAGAAAAAUAUAUAAAAGAUUUAGAAUUAAAAGCCACUAAAUUCGAUUCUUUAAUCAUAGAAAAUAAUAACUUGAAAAAAGAAAUAGAAUCUUUAAAACAGCAAUUACUUAAAGAUGAUAACAAAUUAUCCACUUCCGUGAAAAAGGAACAAUCUUCAUAA